AUGGAAGGAGAGCCAGAUGCAGAGCUAGGAGCUGCAGAGCAGAUGCACAACCAGAGGGAGCCUGUGGAGGAUGGAUGGAUGCUGUGGCAGGGAGGACAGGUUAGGAACACGCUGCACCUCGUGUCUGCUGUGGCUCAGUGGAUUUUGCUGCUUGCCUGCCUGAUUUACCUGGGUGUGCAUUUCCUGCAGCCCUCCACGACCCAGAGGGACAAAGUGCUGUGGACCCACAUCCGGUACUCAGGCAGGAGCACCAGAGGAGUAGCCAUGAACCUCACUGCUGAGCUGGGCCACAUGCAGAUCAGGAAUGGCUCCAUCAUGAUCCCCUGUGAUGGCCUCUAUCUUGUGUCCCUGAAAAGCUUCAUCUACCUGGAGGAGAAGGAGGACUGGCUGAGGCUGACCCUGCAGGGCACACACAAGACGAGCAGCAGCACCCUGUGGCAGCAGAUGGUGCACAGCAAUGACACCACAGUGAACCUCACCACAGUGCUCUACCUGUUUGGGGACGACAGCAUCACUCUGUGGACCAGCUCCAAUGCCAACAUCUCAGAUCUGACCUUAAGCCUGGUGUUAAUCACUGAAAACGAGUGCUAGCUGGAGGAGCUGGCACUGAAAUGUAUGGAAAGUACAGACAAACUGUAGGUUUUGUCCUUGUACAAGCAGACUGCUCUAGAACCCCUCCCUGGGGCUGUGGAGUGCAGAUAAACCACAGUGCACACAGGCUUUACAUAGUGCAUGCCUCUUUGGAGCUCUGUGCAGCUGAUUUGCUACCCAGGAUGGACCUUUCCACCACUGGGGAAAGGGAUGUGUGGAGAUCCUUGAGAAGAACAGAAAUGAAAGCCAAAGAAAGUCACCCAAGCUUAGCUCCUGUUCAGAGAAACCCUGGGUUUCUCAGUUUACUUGACAGUAUCUGUACAUAGUAGAAACGUGUUGUGUUUUUUCUCAAAUAAAAGUCUGGUGAGCCAGGAAGAUACCUCAAGUGUCCUGAAGCCACUUGGAGCAGGAAUCUGCCUGGAAAACAGGGAAGAGGCAGCAAGGGAAUGCCUUUGGAGUGAGCCAGAUAAAGUCUGUGAGAGAAGCUGGCAUUUGAGCAGGACUGCACUGGACAGCAGGAGCACUGAGUGUGGAGUUUUGGGGAGCAGAGCCCCACUGGCAGUUCCAGCUGCCUGCAGACUACUGAAGCCUGACCCCAAGGAAGAUCUGGUGGGACAUUUACACCUUGAGAUGUAAGGUGUCAGAUGAAAAUCUCCUUCAAGCACAGACACACACACACUGGCCUGAUCCAAAAGUGAUCCAGGCACAUAAAAAGCAGGGCAAAGAAGACUUGUAGGUUUGGUGAGUUCUCUCUAACAGAUCAACUGGAAGCUGCAGGUCUGAGCAUCCUUUCCUCAGACGGUUCUUGUGGCUGCCCUUGGCUUGCUCCUACAGGCCAGAGAUGCCGAGGCACAGCCUCCUGAGGCACCUGGCACACCUGCCCAGCUCCUGCUGAGCUCUCACUGCUCUCACUGACCCAUCCCUGCUCUCCUUGCAGCCUGGGGCUGCUGGAGACAAGCCCUGCCCUCAGCACAGCCAGCAGCUGUGGGAUUUUGGGUUGAAGGGAGGCAGGUUCUAAGGGGAAGUUGACUUGACUACGUCUCCCCAUGAACUCCAUCCACAUUUCAGCGUGCACACUCCAAAGUCUUCUGUUCAAAGUAUUUAUGUAUUCAAAUGGUAGGCACAAGAAUGUUACAUCAGAUUUCUCAGAAACACUGGGAAGGGUUCAGAUCAGGUUGUCAGCACUGAACUCCUCUUUGAAAAUGCUCCCAAUGCUCUGGACUGCUCCUGCUUUGCAGCACCCACACCUGGACUGUCCUACUCAGGUGCUACAGGAAACUAAGGACAUCCUCCAGGUUUUGGAGAGCUUUCCUGGGCUUUAGGCUAAUGAACUUCCCUACCUGGGCCAGGGGAAACUGGCUGGAGCAGUUCACUCAUAUGUGCCAAGAACAGCUUUUCUCCUCUCAGCUGAGAAGCUGUGGCUGACUUGCACCCACAGGAUGCUCAUCAUUAAGGGAUAUUUUGGGCUUUUAACUCUGGCCACGCUCACCACCACGGGAACUGAAGGCAG